UGUGAUUUUUUAUAAGUAAGGAAAAUAAGAAAUAUGAAGUUAUAAAGUCAGUGUGUAAAUAAUGAGUUAGAAGUUUUAUUCGAGUGAAAUAAAUGAAAUGAGGUUUUGAAGAUGGAGAUGUUGGGCUGCACUGAGGGAGCUUUUCUCCACGUGGCUGUAGAUCCUGAAGCCUGUUUUUUCUCCAAGCUGUAAUCUGAGAGCUGGUGUCCACCUCCUCCACACAUCUGCACUCCUCCAUCCCUCAUCCCUCCAUCUUCAGCUUCAGCUUCACUCCUCCAACAUGGAGGCUCUGGGUGGAUAUCCGAGCAAACCUCCGAGCUCCAGAGCCCGGGUCGUGUCCCUCAUCCUCACCAUGACUCUGUGCAUCACCUCGCUUUAUCUCCUGCAUGCAAAGCUCUUCAGGAACCGCAAACACGUGGACUUCUACUCUUUCCAAGUCAAAGACACCAAAGGCAGAAGCGUCUCACUGGACAAAUAUCGGGGGAAAGUGUCUCUGGUUGUAAACGUGGCGAGUCACAGUGAACAGACUGAACAGAAUUACAGAGACCUGCAGGAGCUGCACCGGGCUCUCGGGUCGACUCACUUCACCGUGUUGGCCUUCCCAUGUGCACAGUACGGAGACACAGAACCAGGGAUGGGCCGAGAUGCAGAGGCUUUUGCCAGGUCCAACUAUGCUGUCACUUUCCCAUUCUUCAACAUGAUAAAAAUCAUGGGGUCAGAGGCGGAGCCAGCCUUCAGAUUCCUCACAGAUUCGGUUCGACAAAUACCAAAGUGGAACUUCUGGAAGUUUCUGGUGAGUGCUGAGGGUCAGGUCCUGCGGGUGUGGAAGCCGGAGGAGCCGAUGGAGGAAAUCAGGAAGGAAGUGACGGCUCUCGUACGGGAAAUCAUACUGAAGAAGAGACAUGAGCUCUGAGAGAGGUCCUGUAUGCUGAGGUGGAAAAGUUCUGAGGGUUCUGAGAGGAUCAAUGCCUCAGUGUGGCGCUGGAACAGCACAGAGAACUUUACAUGUGGUAAUGAAGAGUGUGUGUGUGUGUGUGUGUGUGUGUGUGUGUGUGUGUUUGAAAGGUGAAUUUGUGAAAUCUCAGGGCGUUCGCUGUGACCAACCACAUCCGCCAAUCACAAUAUUUCUAAAUGUCACAUAUUUAAUGCAAUUUCUGUUCAUUUGUCAGUUUCAUCUCGACUUUUAAUGAAUGCACAACCACUUUGAUCAGAGAUUUCAGUUUGUUAAUAAAAGAAAUAGAUGAAAAAUAUUAGAAUGUCAUUGCAGUAAAAUAUUUGUAAAAAAAAAAAAAUUUACACAUCCAACAAAGUUUACAUGUCAUAAAAUGCUCGAACAGCUGAAAUCACAGUGCUAAUGGGCGUGGCCUAUUACAAAACCUAAAAAUUGUGACAUCAUUGAAUAAACAGUGUAUUUUGUUUA